AUGCCGAGUCCAAUGAGGGAUUCGAUCCCGACCCUUGCGCCGCCCUUCACCAUGACAGAACUCCAUGCCCCGCCAUCGCCACGAACCCAUCGUCUGCGCAAGCUGCAAUCCGCCCACAACCUCGGUGCUGCUGCAAGAAGCCAGAAUCAGCCUUCGUUGAUCUCGCAACAGCGCAUCCGAGACCUUCAAGAAGUCAAUAUCUCCCCCACGCGCAGGCAUGUCUCGAACCGAUCACCACCACAAAGACACCGCGCAAACAGCGAUACGCCUUCCCCGAUAAAUGUUGCAACAAGCAGCACCAUGUCGCUGAACAGACAAAGAAAUGCACUGAGUCGAACCUCGGCUGCUGCAGACAGCAUGUCACUGGAGCGGUUGAUCCGCGAUGGUCCGCCUGACGGCGACGUGAAGGGUGCCUUGGAGAGCACGCGCCUCAAGGUUCUGGACUCGGGCAUCAAGUCGGAUGGUGAUGGCAUGUCCUCGGUUCGAAUCUAUGCCUGGCUCAUUCUUCUCGAUGCGCCUGUUCUCGAAACAGACGCCUACCUCGCACUCAUCCACCGCGGCGCAUCGCCUGCAUACUCCAAGAUCCGCAACGACACCUUCCGAACCCUCACUACCGAUCCGCUUUUCCGCCGCCGGGUCAGCGAAGCAAGCCUCAUCCGCCUGCUCAACGCGAUUGCCUGGAAACUGCACGAUGCAAAAGAGGAGCGAAGACCGACGAGCAGCAGACACUCUCUCUCGAAUGAACGUCCCAGCAGUUCCAGCACCGUCUCAUCAUCCCCGGCGGCGAGAAACCGCGCCAGGGCCUUGACCUUGACAACAGAAGGGUCAGACGCCAAUGCUUCAGAGUCGGGAACCUACGUCCAAGGAAUGAAUGUUUUGGUGGCACCCUUCUUAUAUGCAGCUCGUAGCGAAGCAGAGGCCUUCGUUGCAUUUCAUCGACUGCUUACCAAGGAGUGCCCGGGCUACAUCAGAGGAGCUAUGGACGGCGUUCAUCGUGGUCUAGCUCUUGUCGACAAAGUUUUAGCAAUCGUCGACCCAAAGCUGCAUCUGCACCUCAUGUCCAAAAGCCUGUCAGCUGAGAUUUACGCUUUUCCGUCUGUACUGACGCUAUGCGCUUGUACGCCGCCCUUGCCGGAGGUGUUGCGACUUUGGGACUUCCUAUUCGCCUACGGGCCCCACUUGAACAUUCUAUGCAUUGUAGCCCAGCUGAUCAUAAUGCGAAAUGAUCUGCUUAGUUCUGACAGUCCUAACAAGCUGCUGAGAUCCUUCCCUGCUCUGCAAGCAGAGCAGAUCAAGAAGUCGGCCCUGGCUAUUAUUAAGAUGAUACCCGAUGACGUCUACGCGGAGAUAGUCACGCAUGCCUACUGA